CACAGGCAGGCACACAGGAUGUGAGGUGGACAAGGGGUCAAUAUUGACUCUGGGACUGUAAAACUGCUGUCAUAAGGUCUACUGUGACGUGGUGGCUGAAGUGCUGUGCAGUGGUGCUGUGGUUUGCGUGUCUUUUGGGGGUGAACGAUCGUUCGCGAAUUGGGGUCACCCACUCAACUGACGUCACAAGAGUGGUUAGCUUGAGGUCUCUUCUACGUUUUUUUUUCUUCUUUUCCUUCUUCUUCUUCUUCUUCUUCCUUCUGCUUUUUGUCUGCUUUUCCCGCUUCUUCUUUUUCUAAAUUUUCCCGCUUUUUCUUCUUCUUCUUCGUCGUGCCGUUAGCAGCUCCUGCCUGUAAGAGGAUGGACAUGAUGACGUCAGCGAAAAUGAUGACGACGCUACUUCUGGCAGCCAUUGUGACGUCACAACUGGACUGUGUGACGCCACAACUGGGUUUUGGUGCGGCACAGCACUACGGUCAUGGCGAAGUGAGGCAUGGCGCCACAUCGGCGACUUUUUCUUCAUCAUCAUCAACGUCCACGCCAUCGUCGUCAUCUGUCGAUGAAAGCGUGGAAGGAGAAGAUGGCGAUACGAAUGAUAAGGACGGCGCUAGUGGAAGAGGUCAAGAGGUCAGCAAGGAUCAAAGUGUUGAGGGGAACGUGAACUCGCUACAGAUGUCCAAUGACAGCUCCGUACAGGAAGUUCCCAGCGCAUACGGGACGAGCCAAGAGGAGACCGUUUUGGAAUUGUAUGUGGAUCUAAUGAUGGGCGGCUACACAGUGCCUGUUUUCUUUUCCAAGAAGGUUUUCAAGAA